ACGUGUCGGACGUUAGACGAAUGACGAUUUGUCACUGACGCGUUAGUUUUACAAAAUGGAGGCGGAACCGAGUUCUUCGACAGAACCGGAUAGUGAGAUUAAUUUUGAAUUUCGAAAUAAUGCAAGCAACAUCGAAUCGGCCCGAUUUCUGCAGCGCAUAUUGAAGAAAUCUGAAGAAGAGAAUUUAAUAACAUUUAAACCCUUCAGAGAUCCUUUAGACCGCUCACAUUUCUACACCGGCAUAGAUAAGAGGAAUAUCCCUGUCAUAAAAAUCACAGAUACGAAAAUCACAGAAGUGAAAGAUAUAGAAAGAUCUGUGAUACAUGAUCGAUUGGUUGCUUUCUAUUUGAACUCAUUCCACCUUGAUUUUUCAAGUUCAAUGAAUACACCUACGACGAAGAACCUAUUCGGAGCUAUGUUUGGCAAAAUUCCGAAAUACAUUGACAUUCGCACUUUUCGCAAACACUUGGCCAAGUUAGGAUAUGUUUGGAUGAGGAUAACCAAAGGAUAUAUUGUCAUGGAAAGACCCAGCGUCACAUUUGAAAGAUACCAUUACUUAAAGGAUAUAAUUCGAUACCGUGAAGAGAACAGAGAAAUUUUCUUUGUCGACGAAAUAGUUUUGACCAGCAGAUGUACUCCCUAUCAAUUUAAAAAAUACAACUAUCUGCAGAAGACAGCUGUUAAAGCUAAUGUAGAUUUAUCAGAAAGCGUAUUAUUAAAACAUAUAUACGCUGUCUCGAAAACUGGAGUCUAUGCCAUGAAGGCCCUUCAUGAUUUCAACUCGUCUAACUUUGCCGGGUGGAUAAUUAAUGAUUUACUACCCAUCUUGCCCAAGAACAGUGUUGUUGUCAUGCAAAAAUAUGAGCACCACGAUGAUGUUGUUAAGAAACCUACAUUAUACAGUUUAAAAGAAGACAUGGUAGAGUGGCUUGAACGGAAUAACGUACCUUUUAUUGAAGAUAUGUCUAAAAGUGAUCUGAUGUCUCUAAUAGAGUCCUACACUACUGAGAUUGACGAAUUCAGUGUCAUUGAACAGUCGCUAAAGUUAAAAGGUCACGAGUUGCUUCGCCUGCCUGUCUGUAUUGAAGACAUGACUCCAGCUAAACACAUCUUUGAAUUAAUUAAGCGGAAUGCCCACAAAGUACGGGUGAAUAUUAAUUUAAUAACCGAAAGCGUCCCUCAAGCUACGUUGGAAGAGUAUGACAAAAGUAUAGCAGAUGAAGAGAAAGAUACAAUGCUUAUAGAUAUGAAGAUGGACGAGGUUUUAGAUACUGUCAUCAAAGAUUAUCAGAGCAUGAAAUUUAAACAUGAAGAUUCAGAAGUGCCGCUUAGUGAUAGUGAUUGAAAAAAAAAACUUUUAACACUUAUGACCUUUUUUGAUAUUAAAGUAAUGAUAACACGCUGUUGAUAAUGACUGAUAUCUUUUUUAUCGUGCUACUACGUAGACAAUUGCUACCAUAUAAACAAUAAAGUGAUAUUAAUUAAAAAUAAUUCGUUGUUAUAACAUUUCAUGUUCAAGUUCCUGUGCUAAUAUUGUGUACUUAACAGAAAUACAUUAAC